AUGAAAUUUGAAGGAAUCUUGCGUACCGGCCAUGCGUGGUGGAAGCAAGGUGAUGAGGAUGAUACAUGGUCAAAGAAGGCGAUCGACAACUUGAUGAAAAAGCUGCAAAAGCAUAAUCGGGAAUCGUUGGCUUCAUUGGAUAUGGCGCUAAAGAAUGCGGGUCGUCUUCCAUCAGAUUGUGUAACUAUUCCCCGUUCGCUGGACGGACGACUUCAAAUUUCGCAUAGAAAAGCUCUUCCGCACGUGAUUUAUUGCCGUGUGUAUCGUUGGCCUGACUUGCAAUCACACCAUGAAUUAAAGGCAAUCGAAAGCUGCCGUUUCUGUUUCGAAUCGGGCCAAAAAGAGAUUUGCAUCAAUCCCUAUCACUAUAUUCGGGUUGAAAUCGCGGGUGUUUUGCCUCCAGUGUUAGUACCGAGAUUUACCGAUCCACCCCCAAAAGAAAAUGGGCCGCCACCAUCUCUAAAAAAAUGGCAGGAGCUUGACUCGACCACCCAGAUGCCAUUAAAUUUGGAUUCUAAUGCCAUUUACAGGCAACAACAAAUGCAGCAGAUUCCACAUAAACCAGACGCGAUGGAGAUUCAAUAUAGUUUACCGGCCGUGCUUGGUACAGUACCGGUACCGUACCCUGAAGCAGAACAUUGGGCUACGAUAAGCUAUUACGAAUUAAAUACUCGUGUUGGCCCGCAAGUUCGCGUAUCCGCGAAUGAAGUGAUAAUUGAUGGUUUUACUGACCCUUCUACAAACGGCUCAAAAAUAUCGCUGGGCCUUUUCCAAAAUGUUAAUCGGAGUCCCUCGAUUGAGAGUACACGUAGACAUAUUGGAAAUGGCGUAAAAUUAACAUACGUCCGGCACCAAGGAACCUUAUUUGCGGAGUGCCUAUCUGAUGCAGCAGUUUUUAUACAGUCCCGGAACUGCAAUUACAACAAUAGUUUUCAUCCGACGACUGUAUGCAAAUUAGUGAACAAAUUCUCUUUGAAGGUGUUCGACACUACAAAUUUCCGGCAGUUGUUGGUCGAGUGUGCGCAGAGGGGCUUUGAUGCUUCUUAUGAUUUGACGAAUAUGUCAAUUAUAAGGAUGUCUUUCGUAAAGGGUUGGGGCGCGGAAUACCAACGACAAGAUGUCACCUCAACGCCUUGCUGGGUCGAAAUCCAUUUGCAUGCUCCACUUCAGUGGUUGGAUCAAGUGCUGACUCAUAUGCCGGCCUCGCCAAUGCCCAUCUCUUCAAUAUCU